AUGGAACAGAUCAGCCGUAUUAAAACAACACUUGACGAAGUUGACCUCGACUAUGAUGAAAGAGCCUUUAGAGGUCCAAGUGUGGAAAAACUAUGGGUCCGUGCAUUCUGGCUUAUUAGUGAUAUUGUAAAAUGCGAAAAGAUGCACCCUGCCAUUGCCUGCUACAGAAACCUACUUGAUAGUAUCCUCGAGGACUUGGAGGAAAAAGGACACCCCGAAGGAAUUACUGCUGUCAAUGCAGCCAAGGAUGCACUAAGGGCCUUAGAGGAUGUUGUUAACCGCAAAUGUCAAAUUCUUAGUCUUAGUAAAAAAGCAUACGGCACCGAGUUUCCCUAUUACUUUGGAGCAAUUGACGGGUAUCUUAAGGACUAUCCAGGGCUACUCAAAGCGUUUAAAGAUGCACUUAGGAAAGUGUUGCCGCACGUCCGUGGAGACCUGAAGGUUAAAGUGAAUGAGAUGAAGUUGGAGGCUGCCAUGUCUGAUUUCUUAAAAGUUCAGAAGAAACGGUUUGAUGGAGAGAAGGUCCAAGAGAGGCCUUCCACUUUGGAUAUCUAUAAGUAUCUAAUGAACGAAGUGAAUGAAGUGGAGGUCCCUUUGGAGUCUGUCAUUCGCGACCUCUUAGGGACUGAAGGGAGUUAUAACUUUGAAGCCAACUGGAGCUUUUACAGUUAUCCUCGAGAUAUAAAUGAAGCAGCCCUCUACAUCCUUCAACGAUACUUCCAGCACGACAUUGAUGAGGCUUCUCUUUCCAGGACAAUAAAGAAUGAGCUGGAGUGUCUAGAAAAGGUGAUCUCCAAGGUUCCUAAAUCCUGGAGAGCGCGACUACAGAGGAUUCUUCGAGAUGUCAGGACGGCCUUUGACUCCCUUGCCCAAAAGCUCGAAGCUCUCAGAACAUCAUGUGCCCGAGUCAUUGAUGAUGUUAAAAGCAAUGGAAAGUCUUUUUCUGAUGCAUUCAGUGAACUAAACGGAAUGUUGGGUGAAGCAGAAAAAGGCCUGUCUGACCUGAAGGAAAGGAUCUCCGAUCUCGAAAAGGUCCUUCCCUCCUCUCCCCCGAUGAAACUAUGUGAACUCCUAUGCUUUAUGUUCAUUGCCAUUCUGGCCAUCCAUAGUUUUCUUCACCUUGCCGAGGAUAAAAACAGCAGGGUGAAGACAAGAUGGAACACAGCACUGUACUCACUAGCUGUGGCCGGGACCAUCAUGCACCAGAUGUGGGUACUGUGGGGGGGGGGGUGGAACUGGCAUGAGGAUGGGACAAGUGAUGUGUUGAGGAAUGUAUGGAGUGUGCUUGGAUGUCUGGCUCCUGUGGCAGUGGAGCUUCUGAAUGCUGGCUCUAUCGAGAGUGGUGUGUACAGCCUGACGGUAACUGGAGUUAGUGUUGCCUCGAUGUGUGGACAGCGUCUCAUCCAGUGUGGGAUGAGCUGGAAGCAGAUGUGUGUGUUCUGUGCCGCGAAUGUGCUAUUGGCAGUGGCAUGCUUUUCUGAGCCUUCCAAGCACCCCCUGCUUGGCACAUAUGGGCGGUGUGGCAUGGUAUGCAUUGGGCUUAUUGUGCUUAUUGCUCUUCUACUUCUUGUGUCGUACAUGGACGAAACUGAUGGAGAAAAGGCAUCCGCAGGUGGGAGUGGGGCUGUUGUGAUGAACUGCCUGUUUGUGAUGAGUGUGGCGGUCACCACCUUUGCAUCGUGGGUAUCAAGCCGGGACUACUUCAUGACGUGCAGGAGAGGCACCGACGAUAUGACUGGUACUGCUGCCUCAUAG